AUGUCCGACACGGACGAUCCUAUUCAACUACGCAAAACUGUUGAAAAUUUGGACGUAGGGCAAUCAAAUCAUCCAUUUUGUGUUGCACGAUUUGCACGAAAUAUCAAGACAUACGUACAUAGCAGUUUAUGGAGUAUUUGUUCAGAGUCUUACGAAAAAGUCAGACGUUUGCAGUAUUUCUCGAAUUAUACUAUCACCCAUGGAUUAGAUGAAUCAGAAGCACGUGCUCUUCUUGAUAGUAAUGGCGCACGAACUGGAAUCGUAGGACAUGCAAAAAACUUACGUUAUGAAGUACAAAAAAAAAUUACAAAACUGAGACAAGAUCGAGCUUCUUCAGACGCUUUUCCAUGUAAUACCAGUAGUGUUGAAAGUCUCCCAAGUGGAAGUGGAUCUAGUACACAAGCUUUGGUACGAGCUGACAGUAAUCAUAGUUCUAUAUCAUGUGACGAUCGUGAUGCUGUUAGUCCAACGCCUAUUGGACCAAUACUUUGUCGUGCUCGUGCCAUUGUUGAUUAUACACCGAGUCCUUAUGAUAAAGAUGCUUUAAAUUUCAAGAAAGGCGAUGUGAUCGAUGUAGUACAGAUGAAUAAAAGUGGUUUGUGGAAAGGAAUUACGCACAAUCGAAUUGGAUUUUUUAAAUUUAUAAACGUAGAAAUAUUGAAUGAAAGAGUUCCGCGUUGCAGUGGUGAACUUGAAAAAACUAAGUGGAAUCGGAAGCCCAGACAUAAACCAAGAUCAGUUCAAGAACUUUUACAAAGAAUGAACUUACAAGAACAUAUACCCGUGUUCGUUUUAAAUGGUUAUGAAGAUCUUGAACUGUUUCGAGAACUUGAACCAGCAGAUCUUGAUUAUCUACGCAUCCAUCAACCUGAACAUAGAGCAAAAAUUCUUACAGCAGUGCAACUGUUACAUGACUUACAUGAAGGUGAUCUAGCAUCGAGUUCAGAAGGUGAUGACAACAGUCGUAGAAUAUUACCAUCAUGUCAAACUUCAGGUCAUUGCUCACCGUUCACUCGACGACAGCCAUUACGUGACUCGGGUUGUUACGAUACACAUAAAACUCUAUCUAGAAAGUUAAUUAAUUUUGAUGCAUGCAAGCUUAAUCGUGAAAAUAAUUUUAAUAUGUUUAUGUCCGCUAAUAAGUGUACUGAUGUAAAUAUAUUGUCUGAAGGGGGGUGUAAAGAUGAUUAUCAUCCAAAUAUUCCUAGCACUGUAAACAAUGGUGGAAUAGCUGUAAAACCAAAAGAAGAAUCACUCGAGAAGACAACGCAGCCAUGUAAUGUUAGUGGAAAUAUUAAAUUUGUAUCUAAAUGUGAUCAUUUAAGUGAAACUGUUUUAAUUAAAAACGAUGAACAAAUAGUUGCUACACCUGUUAAUAAAACUGCAACAUUUAAAUAUAAUAUUGGUUCAAGCAAUGAUGGACUCGUUUGUGAAAGUGUGAAUGCCAUUGUUAGUCUUGGACAAAAAGGAUGUUUUAGUGAAAAAUCGAGUGAUUCAGGUGUUAGUUCAUCUAGUAUUAGUUCAGCUCCAUUAACAAGAGACAAUAAAACAAUUGUCAACACAGCUGUUGAUCCAUCGACCAAAAACUUAGCAAAUUUUACACGUGGUUCUUUUAUUUUAUCAGAAUCUAUUAUAUCUCAAGACGAUCAACAAGACCAGAAUACCAAUAAAAAAAAGACAACUUUCUCUCGGCUGUUAAAAGGUCUGAAAACACAUAAAAAAGAAAAGCAGAACCAGGCACAAGCUUCACCAAAACACAACAGUCGUAUGAAAUUAGGUGUUCCUCAAAGGAUAGAUACACCGGAUAGUGUACUUCAAAGUGGACUUGAUUUAGGUCCUGAAAUUAGCCAUGCUGUUCUUCGUUCUAUGGUAGAUCCUAAAGAUUAUGACAGACUGAGAUAUUUUCAAAUGAAUAGUGGUCAAUCUAAUAGUUUUGAGGAAACAAUACACCGGACAGAGAUUGAACGGCAGCAUCGUAAAAAUCAACAUACUGAGAGUCUAGUCCUGGAUUACGAUGUUACCAAUUUUCGGCUAUUAUCCACAGAUUCGGUAGAAUCUGGUGCCAAGUUCCGUUCAAAUCCGUUGUCAACGGAGCGCCAGACUACCGACUGUGUUUACUGUAAGCAAAGCAAAACG